AGCCUCGACUCUCUUCAACAUCUCUCUCUCUCUCUCUCUUUCUCUCUCUCUCUCUCUCUCUGUGCGUGUCUAAGUUUAGUUACCCAAAAACUAGGAGACACUUCACAAGCACCCACUUUUCCCCAAGUUACUAGACCAGUCUCUCUCUCUCUCUCAAAUUAUGGCACCAAAAAGUGAGGGUACUGCUAAAAAGGUGACGAACAAAGGGGCAUGGACAGCAGAGGAAGACAGGAGGCUUUCUGAGUACAUUGAAGUCCAUGGGGCCAAGAGGUGGAAGACUAUUGCCGCCAAGUCAGGCUUGAAUAGGUGUGGGAAGAGUUGCAGAUUGAGAUGGUUGAAUUAUCUGAGGCCUAACAUCAAGAGAGGCAACAUAUCAGAUGAAGAAGAGGACUUGAUUCUGAGGCUUCAUAAGCUUCUGGGAAACAGGUGGUCUUUGAUUGCCGGGAGGCUUCCAGGUAGAACCGACAACGAAAUUAAGAACUACUGGAAUUCUCAUUUGAGCAAAAAAAUAAGCCAGAAAGAGAAACCACAAAAUAAAGUCGUCCCUGAGGCUUCCCCAGAAACUUCCCCAGCGACGCCUCAAGAAGUUGUUCUACCGGCUGAGGAGGGAGCCGACAAAGCGGUCGGGAAUUUCUUGGAUGUCGACUUCGAUACUAAUGAGUUCUUCGACUUCACGGCCGAGGGUUCUUACGGGCUCGAGUGGGUGAACAAGUUUUUAGAGCUCGACGAGGGGUUAUCACUAAAGGAGAAGAUGUGAAGCAACUCGAGGGGUCAUUUUUUCUUCUUCGAAAUGAUGGGUUUCUUCCAUCAUCCUGUGUACAAAUUCUUGGAUGAAUGGAUCAUCUCUUCACUAGUUCACUGAACUGGUUGUAGGGGCUUGUGAUGGGAUCUUGGCAGUGACCACGCAUUAGUAUCUAAGAAAGGGAUAAUUUCUCUAAACAAUGACCACGCAUUAGUACAACCAAUUAACUCCGAUUUGAAUUUCUAGGUCGGAUCAUAAAAAGCCCAAGUGGUCAGAAUUUUCACCAAUAUGAUAUGUCAAAUCUAAGGGCCUGUGUCCA